AUGCUCCGCUCGCCUUUCGCUCUGUCUGCGAUCAUCGCGCUCGUCCCGCCAUUGCUAUUCAACGCUGCGCUGCGCUCACACUGGACCGCCUUUGUCUGGGCUUUCCCGCUUCUCUUGAUCGGUUGGACCCUGCUUCUGCUCGUAGGCGUCCUCUUCGCUUGUCACAUUGCGGACAUCCGGGCUCUUCGGCGGCGUCGGCACUCCCGGAACAGUCUCGCAUCCUUGCCGCGCCUGGCCUUCCUCACUCCGGCUGCCUGGUCGGCACAACGGACACGUCUUCGAUGGGCUCGUCAGCCUCGCAGCGCAACGUCCUCUUCUUCCUCGAAUCGGAAGCGCACCGACAGCUCAUCGUUAGACCGAGUCAUCGACGAUGUGGUUGCGCUCAUUCUCCGUGACUUUGUCAGCAAGUGGCAUACUCCGCUAGCUGCCGGAUCGCUCGAUCCGUCCACCAGCGACUCGGCGCCCGAGUUUACGCAAGCCGUUGAACAUACCAUUCAGAACGCGUUGGGCAAAGUCGCUCUUCUGGUCAGACAGCUCGACUAUGCGGACCUUGUCGUGCGUAGACUGAUGCCUCGAAUCACCACUCACAUCCACUCAUAUCGCAAGGCUGAAGCCGAUUUUCGCGGCUCUUCCGAGAAUGCUCAGCUUGCUGGCUCUGGGAGUGAUCAGACGGAUCUCUUUCUGGCUCGCAAGUUUGAGAACGGUCGUCUCCAUCCGGCUGUAGGCGACAUGAGCAGUCCCAACACCAAACCAGCCGAGCAAGCCUUCCUCCGCUCUGUGUGCGCUCGACUGCUUCAGGCCUUGAUGCCAUACCCUGAGAGCGAGAGCGCGUCGGUCCACAUCAUCGUUCGUGAGCUGCUCAGCUGCACUGUCCUUUUCGCGAUCAUCGAGGCCAUCAGCGAUCCCGACUUUUGGAACAAUCUCCUCGAACAGAAAGCCGGUGCUGUCAUCCACGAACAGAUCCUCGUCAGCAAGCUGCGUGAUGCUCUAGACAAGCAAGAAACACUUUCGAACUCCAAACCAAGCAAGACACGAACGGUGCCGUUCGUCGACAUUGACGCCAAGAACCUUCUUCCCUGGACGCAAGAAGCCAAGAAGCCCGACCAAAAAUCAUUUGAAGCUUUCCUGCGCUCCAUCAAGCACACCACCUCCUUGCUCGAGGUCCGAAGGAUCAAGAAUGACGUUGCGGUCCAGAUCAGAAAGACGAAGUCAAACCUGGAGCGCGUUUCAGAUGACCCUUCCGAUGCUUCGCGUGCCAAGCUUCAAUCGUAUCUCCAUCGCCUCGAAACCGCCUAUGCUGUAGCAGAGCAGAAGAUCGCGCAGCUGGGAUCCGAAAAGGGACUUCCCACGGUCUCGGCCAAAGCUUCGGCUGGUGCUGACCCGAACGCUUCCCGAGUCAAAUUGCACGACGUGCUCCUCAAUCCGUCUAGUCUCUCCUUUUUCAUGGAGUUCAUGGACCGCCGCAAGAGAUCCGUCUUGGUCCAGUUCUGGCUUCUUGUGGAGUCUUUCAAGAAUCCGCUGGAGGACUCUGAAGGAGACGCAGCGAACGAACAUGUUCCGCUGAGCGCUGCGGCAAGCGCUUCUACUCCGUCAACCGCCUCCGUCCAGACCCUGAGGGAAGACCUUCGCAUGUUCGACAAUGUUUAUUACUCUUCCCCCUUCCUCAAUGUGUCCCAGCGGUACAUUGACAGUGCCAGACGAUUUCUCGCGAACGACCCAGAUACCCCCAUCACAGCCUUGCAAGUGUGGCAGGUCAGGCGAGACGUCCUUCGCGCUCAAAGACAGAUCUACGAUGAUAUGGAGGAAGAGGACUGGCCAAGCUUCCGGGGUAGCGAUCUCUUCCUCAAGGCUGCCCAGGAUCUGCGCCCCAAUCCUCAUCUCGCAGCUGGUCUCGCAUCUAGCGUUGGCUCCCUCGCCGCAGAAGCGACAGCUUCCUUCGCCAAUCGGACCGCAGACGCAUCCGAAGGCCUCCACCGUCCAGCUGGAAGGGUCGUGAAGCCCAACGUCGAGCACGCCGAUCUUUUCGGCACCGACAAGCCGAUGGGUACAGAAUCGAAGCAGGUCGAUCUCUUCGGCGACACUCUUGCGGGCAGCAGGUCGAAGGCAAGCGCCAAGUCGGACAACCUUGACAUCCUUAUCGGGGGACGAACCCAACAUGCUGGACCAGACGGAAGAACACCCUUGUUCAGAGAAGACCCACUCUUCGACGAACAGGACGACGGCAAUGACGACCAAGCCGAAGAGGAGCGUGGUGACAACAGCUCAGACUUCAUCCAGGUCGAUAAGGUGAAUGAGUUGCACAGUGUGUUGCAAAGCAUCAUCGACGACGAUAUCGAUAAAACGCGAAGGCGCCCAGCCGGUCUCGCAUCUUCCAGUGCAGACUUUAGCACGAAGUCGAGUCGCAACAGUGACAAGGACAUCCAACGACGACUGGCCGAGAGCAAGAGGAAUAGCGAGGUUCUAGACGGUGCAGAGGCUGCCGGUGUCAUGUCUGAUGCAACCGCCCCGGUCGCUGGCCUCGCUGGACUGCCGAGCUUCAACAUGAGACAGGAGCUCGGCAGAAUGGACGCCCAACUGGAAAAGCUGGAAGCGCAAACCGACAUUCUGGAAGCGCUGGCCCGGAAGGCAGAGCUCACAGGCGCAAGGAGCAGCGAGUCUCGGCUGCUGGCUCAAUCUAUCCAAGCGGUCCGGCGUGAAUCUCGUGACAUUCGAUGGCAGCGAAAUCAGCUCGAGCAACAGGUUGCCGCGACGCAGCUCAACCCAGGCCAAACCAAGGUUUCGAUUCAAGAUACGAUGAUCUCGCUCGACCCCGAGGGCAAGGAGUAUGCGGUGUAUUUGAUUGAGAUUGGCAUCUUAGAGAAGGGUCCGAGCAAGAGCAACAGUCACAAACAGAGUCAGGAGGCCGUCGCUCCAACCACGCGUGGCUGGAUCGUAGGCAGAAGGUAUUCCGAGUUCUGGUCGUUACAUCAAGCUUUGAAGGAACGUUUUGCUGAAGUGCGGGCUCUCGAAUCGGAGUUUCCUGGCAAGCGACUUGUGGGACUUGUUCAUGCUCCAUUUGUCGAUGCACGCAAGGCGGCAUUGGAGAGGUACCUGCAGGCACUCGUCAAGCUCAAGGUGGCGUGCGAGAGCGACGAGUUGCGUAUCUUUCUCUCACAGACUCCGACUGCUGCGAUGCCGAGGGUGGUUCAACGCGCCUCUGACGAUGGCGUCACGUCGCCUCAGCUGAGCAGCUCGAGGCCUUCCACGCCCGGCAAGCAGCCGAGUGCGUUCCCCGGAGGUGGAUUGGUCAAGACGCUCUUCAAAGGCAUGACUGGCGUAGCUGAGGGUCUUGAUGAUCUGAUCGGGAUUGGCCCCUCGAUGCUCGAUGUUGUUGUGCAACGGCUAUCAAUGCAGAUGCAGACCAAGUCUGGGGCCACGCUGGUCCAAGGCAUCGCUGACAUCGACAUGGUCUCGCAGGCCAUGGACAAAGAUGCGACACCCGCGGAACUGCGCGAAGCCGCGGGCGCCGGCACAACUUACUGGACCGAACCCAUCUGCGAUCUCUUCACCGAGCUCUUUGAGCUCCACGAGAAGAACAACUGGCUUCGGCGUCAAGCCAUUGUCAUCCUGCUCCAGCAACUCUUUGGCUCCACAGUAGAACGCAAGAUCCGCGAAACGUUCUCUGCCGCCCUUUCGCCUCCGUCCAUUAGCGGAUACGUUCUAGCCUUCAAAGCGAGUCUGUGGCCGAAUGGGGUCCUCAAGGAACCGACACCGCCCAGAACACGAGCGGAAAAGGACGCGCUCAGGGAGAACGCCAACAGCAAGCUGGCUAGCUUGAUACCCGAGCUGGCGGCGAAUUUCGUGGGUAGGGAAAACGCUCGGAAGGGUACGAGGAGAGUCUUUGCCGCGUUGCAGAACAAGAGACUGAACAAGCAUCUCAUUUAUAGUCUGCUGGAUGUCGUGGUGGAAGAGGUGUUGGCGGUGGAUGCGGGUGGAGAGACUUCGUAG